GUGCCAGCUCCCUGCACCUCCAGCCUGGGGGUUAACCAGACCCACGCGAAAGAGGAAGAGAGAAGCGGCCGAGCAGCAAGGAGGAGGGAGCGGAGGCCGGGGAGAGGGGGCGAGCGAGCCCAGAGGCGGAACUGCCGAGCGAGCCGCAGUCCGCCGCCGCCGCCUUACCCUUACCCUGCCCGGCUCGCUCCGGCACAGAGACCCGGCAUCAGCGCGGCUGCCCCGGCGUCCUGAGCGGAGCCUCCCCGGCCGCGCUCCGCCUCCCGUCCCGGCUCCGGCUCACUCGGCCCCGCAGCAGAGGCAGCGAUGCAGGCGCUGGCCCUGGCCCUCUGUGCCCUGCAGCUGUGCCCAGCUGUGCUGGGCGGCCGGUGGGGACAGCCCUUCCUGGUGGAGAGGCCUCAGUCCAGGCGGCUGAGCAAGGUUGGUGGCUUCUCGUGGCAGAACUGUGGCAAUGGGACCGAUCCCUUUGUGAUUAAGAGUCUGUCCAUAGCCCCGGACCCGAUCCAAAUCCCUGGGAACCUGAAAGUCAGCGUGGCGGUUUCCAGUGAAGUUGACAUCGGCUCCCCUCUGAAGGCGGUGUUUACCGUGGAAAAGAAGAUAGUUGACAUAUGGAUAAAGAUCCCCUGUGUGGACCAGGUCGGGAGCUGCACGUACGAUGGCCUUUGCGGAAUGCUGGACAACGUCAUCCCCCCCGGAUCACCAUGCCCUGAGCCCCUGCUCAGCUACGGUAUCCCCUGUCACUGCCCCUUCAAACAGGGCUCCUACUCCCUGCCAUCCACUGAGUUCUACUUGCCCGUCAUACAGUUGCCCUCCUGGCUGACUAAUGGCGACUACCGCAUCCAGGUUGUCCUGAGCAACGGUGCCAAGCAGCUCGCCUGUGUCAAGGUGGCCUUGUCCCUCCACUCCGAGUGAGGCUGGCCAGCCCUGCCCGACCACAAGCCCAGCCCCCGCUGCAGACUGCCACGUUUCCUUUCUCUUCCCGCUGGCAGAGACGCACACCGGAGCCGGUUGGCAGCUCUCUUUCUCCUUCCGCUGCCUCUUGCUGCCGCCUGCCCUCACAAAGCUGCUGCUUGUCCUUUCCUGCCUCUAUUCGCCCUUCUCCCUCUCAGAAAAAAAAUGGCCAAUGGAGGGGGGGAUGGCGGGGAGACGCCUUUGUCCUCUGUGCAGGGUGGACUUAGAGGUGGGCAAGGCUGGCAAAUGCCAGCGGGGCCCUCUCUGGUUGGGUCCCUCCUGAUCCUGAUUCAAAGCCUCUUGAAGUCAAUAGGAGCCUUUCCAAGGGCUCCGGCUCCUAGCGAGGAGACUUGAGAGAGUCUUCGUCGCAGUCCCUACAAUUGCAGCCCCACUUGUUGCCUUUCCCAGCGGGGCUUAGACCCUUCCCUCCACCCCUGUUCAUGCUGUUCUGUAGAGCAGCGUCCCUCUCCCGGUCCUGGUCGGCUGCGCACCAUUCACCAUGCCAGCUUUGGGCAGAUUCCCUGAAGUCAAUAGAAAACACACACCCCGGAGGGAUCAGGCCCACAGGGAGGCACACAGCACUAAACAGAACUUCCCAUCGCAGUUUCUGUUUGAGUCCCAGCUGCGCUUUGCUGGGGAACGCCCCUCACUGCAGCGCUAUGUGCUGGAUGGCCGUAUGGGUCUCUUCUGCCCCUGACUUCUCUGAUCCUAGGAAAUAUCAGGUUAAACUGCUGGCUCGGGUCUAAUGCUGACUCUUUCCGUCAUAUCCUAGUGGUGGCUCCAACUUUUUGGAGCUCUGUUCCAGGCCAGAAUGUCCCUAUGCGCACUCUCGCCUUGAGAGAGUCGUAUCGCUGUGCUACAAACCAGCCUUAAUGGGGGGGGGGGUCUAGUUUGAUUAUUUUCCCACAUAUGUAAUGAAAUUGCAUUUUUCAUGUUGCUUAAGCUCCCUUCUCCCCCCGUCCAGUCAGUAACAAUGGGAGGGCCCGGUAGCCCUCCAGUUGACUGAUGUAAAACAAAAUGGGGUUUCACAAUAUUUCACCCAUUGAGUGGCCUACUUAACCUCUACCGUCUCAGGGGGUUUUGCCAUCUGUGGGCUAGGGUGUGGGGCUGUUUUUGUUUGUCUGGGUUUUUUUUUUUAAAUAUCACACAGGGAAUUUUAGAAAACAAAACUGAAGGAAGAAAACAGAAAGAAAUAAUCAGUUGGAAAAAGGAAAAGAGGCUUAGAGCUGGCUGCCCCUCUCUGCAAUGUGGCGGUCGGUGGCUGGUCAGGAGUGCCGUCUUGUAUACUUUGAGGGUGCAAGCCCCCUCCAGGAAUGUGCACCCCGACACUUGACUGGAGAAAUGACAUGUUCAUUCUUACUGGCCACUUCUGGAGACAGGAUACUGAGCUAGGUGGACCAUUGGUCUAUCUUGGGGUGGCACUUCUUAUGUUUCUGAGUCAACCUGGGUAGCAGCAGCAGGAAACCUGUCAACACGAAGAGCUGUACAGCUAGCACUGAAUUCUCUGACAACAAAUAACCUUCCUAAAUGGGACCACGCAGGACCAGAUCUAUUCCGAAGAAGUCAUUGCUUAUGGUAAUGUAAGGAGAGCUGGGAGGGUGGGUAUCGCCAGCCAAAGAGACAGAUCUUCAACAGUAUGGACAUUAUCUCUCUCCCAUGUCUGCAUGAAAAAAAGAAAAGAGGAACAAACCAAGAAAGCAAUGUACUAAUAUUCUCACUACCAGGGGACCAAAUGACUCAUUCUGCUCUGGGCUUCUGUGACUCUAAAAAGGAUGUGGUUGUGAUGGCUUGAACCAAAGGAACAAUUUGAUUGGCUGAUGAGGAGUCCAAGCAACUGAAAAUCGCCCGACUCUGAACUUCUCGACCCCAGUGUUGGAGUGACCAUUUCUUAAAGGUGCUAACCCAUGGUGAGGCAGGUGGUCACACCGCCAUGUCCUGGGCAGAGGAACAAAUGAGUUGAGAACCUCGUAGGUUUGCAGCCAGCAUAUUUAGCAGCUACAGCAAAGGAAUGGGGCACCCGAAAAUGUGCUGAUCAGACUCUUGGUUCAUCAGUCUUGACAGGCUUUAGGGAGCAGAGUCUCUGUUUGGCGUAAAUUGUUGUAACUUAGGAUGUGCCCCUGGAAAUAGGGAGUCAGGACCCUAAUCCGGUGUACUAUGGGCUGUUGAUUUGUUCACUUUGGGUGCGAUUCUGCACUGUUAAGUCAAUGGGAGCUUUGCUGUUGAUUUCAAUGGGUAUGGGAUCAAAUUGCUUGGGUGGUGUUUUUUCAGUGCUGUAAGUCCCUGCCUCCCAAUUCACAUGCAGGGCUGACCUUGCACCCGCAGACCCAGUUCAGUGCAGCUGACCCGAGAAUACGUAACCCAAUCACUGCACACCCCGUCCCGUAUUAUUGCACUGGAGCUGUAUGUGUACAACCAUCAGAGGGGUAGUCGUGUUAGUCUGUAUCCACAAAAACAACGAGGAGUCAGGUGGCACCUUAAAGACUAACAGAUUUAUUUGGGCAUAAACUUUUGUGGGUAAAAAACCCACUUCUUUUCUACCCAUGAAAGCUUAUGCCCAAAUAAAUCUGUUAGUGUUUAAGGUGCCACCGGACUCCUCGUUGUUUUUAUAUAUACAACCGUCGCUGUGUUAGCGCACCUGAGGUGUGAGUAGAUUUACACCAUCACUGCACACCUGCUAUUACAGCCGAGGUGCAUGUAUGUGCCAUGCCAUCCCUGCCUUGUACCCUGUAUUGUUACAGUCGACUUGUGUGGAUAAGACACUGUCACUGCACACCCUCUCCUGUAUUUCAUGCAAGGCAGGUGUGUAUGACAUCAUUAGUGCACACCUGUCCUGUGCUGUUGUGGUACAUCACCAUGUAUUCUGACUUCCAUUACUACCCUCUGAGCAGGCACGUGUGACAGCCACUGCUCACCCUGCUCUGUAUUACAUCUGCGAUACAUGGGUAUGACACCCUAAUACUACUACUUAGCGGCUGGGUAGAGCUGAUCUUCAAAGCACUUUAUAAGCCUUAACGACUGAAUACCCGCAGCCCAUGGGCUGGUGUGAUUGUGCAUUAACCCAAUGCUAAUCACUAUGUUUUGCACAGUCUGUGUGUCCAUGACAGGUUUAAGAGACAAAGGCCUUUCUGCUUCCUAAACUUGCUACGCUUUAUAGCGACGUCCUAACAGCCAGUGGGUUUUGCUCUGGUUUGUUCUAUGUGGAGAAGCACUAACCGUCUCGCCGACUCCUGCAUCCUUGCUGCUUAGCUGAAGCCUGAUGGUUUUUUGGGAGGCAGCGGCCAUUAGUACUGGUGCCACAACGAGUGCUUAAUAAAUCUUUUUAACUAGA